UUUCUCUCCCUCUCUAACCCUGCCAAAACUUGGCCGUACGGCUAAAGUUAGCCCGCCUGAGGCCCUAUAUAAGCCCCCAGGGAACGGGCCCUUAAUGUGGCUUCUCUCAGUCUUCUCUUCUUCACAGUCCAAACUCCACACACCCUCUCCAAAUGGCACCCAAGAAGGCAAAGAGGAGGCAGCAGGCCGAGGGCGGGUCCUCCAAUGUCUUCUCCAUGUUUGAGCAGAGCCAGAUUCAGGAGUACAAGGAGGCUUUCACAAUCAUCGACCAGAACAGAGACGGUAUCAUCAGCAAAGAUGACCUCAGAGACGUGCUGGCCUCCAUGGGCCAGUUGAACGUGAAGAAUGAGGAGCUGGAGGCCAUGGUGAAGGAGGCCAGCGGCCCCAUCAACUUCACUGUGUUCUUGACCAUGUUCGGCGAGAAGCUGAAGGGUGCUGACCCUGAAGACGUCAUUGUCAGUGCCUUCAAGGUCCUGGACCCCGAGGGAACCGGCUCAAUCAAGAAGGAAUUCCUUGAGGAGCUGCUGACCACUCAGUGCGACAGGUUCUCCGCAGAGGAGAUGAAGAACCUGUGGGCCGCCUUCCCCCCAGAUGUGGCCGGAAACGUUGACUACAAGAACAUCUGCUACGUCAUCACACACGGAGAGGAGAAGGAAGAGUAGAGGGGGAAAAAAUCCAGAAAGCGACCAUCCAUCUUUUCUCUACCUCCACAAUAGCAUCCCUCCGCACUCCUUUCUUCUUCUUCAGUCACUCACAUUCCCCCCUUCUCAUCUCACGCACGGAGACAGACUCAAAUCUGCCGCCCAGACACCCGAUGAGGGCUCAAUGUUCUGGACUUCUUUAUGUAUGAGCAUUGAUGGGAAAUGGGGUUAUUUUCAAUAAAAUGAUCAUUAAAUCCA